AUGUAUUGGGAUAUUGAAUUAGAUGAUCAGUUAUUACAAGAUCUUUAUGCAUGGAUUGAUCAAAUUCCGUUUAGUCGACCUAAAAAACAUAUUGAAAAAGAUUUUUCUGAUGGAGUUAUGGUUGCUGAAUUAGUUAAACAUUAUUUUCCUAGUUGGGUUGAUAUACAUAAUUAUGCAACAGCAAAUAAUACCCAACAAAAAUUAACUAAUUGGGGUCUUUUAAAUAGAAAAGUUCUUUGCCGAUUAGAUCUUAAUGUUCCGGAACCUAUUAUGCGUGGUAUAUGUCUUGGUCGAACUGGUCUUGUGGAAAUAUUUCUUUAUAAUUUACGAAAUCAAAUUGAUGAGAACCUUCCACAGCAGCAACAACAAAGCAAAGGGAAUGAAUCAAAUAAUAUGAGAACACGUCAACGGCAAUCAUCACCUCCGCCCUCACAACAUGAAAAAUAUCCAUCAGGAUAUUCAAGAAAUGAACCAAAAAAUACGCCACAAGGAGGACAUACAGCAAAGAAGUCUACAUCAAUGCAAAAUUUAAGUACAGAUAUGGUUAAUCGUCGCCAUUACGAUGAAAAAGAACAAGAAUGUCAAGCAAAAGAUCAACAAAUUCAGGUUUUACAAGCUAAAAUUCAACGUCUCGAAGAAUUACUUCGUUUAAAAGAUGUUCGAGUAGAUGAUUUGUCAGGCAAACUUAAUCAAACACGAGGUGGUCAAGGUGGAAAAUCACAUCCUCAACAACAAACUUACAUAUCAAUGAAUACACGGAAAUAA